AUGAGGAACCACAGCACCAUCACGGAGUUCAUCCUCCUCGGGCUGUCUGCCGAUCCCCAUAUCCAGGCCCUGCUCUUCGUGCUCUUCCUGGUGAUUUACCUCCUGACCCUGAUAGGGAACCUGGUGCUGCUGCUGCUGAUCAGGGCUGAUUCCCACCUCCACACCCCCAUGUACUUCUUCCUGGGACAACUCUCCUUCCUGGAUCUUUGCCACUCCUCAGUCUCUGUGCCCAAGUUGCUGGAAAACCUCUUGUCUGAAAAGAAAACAAUUUCAGUAGCAGGUUGCAUGACCCAGGCCUUCUUUGUGUUUACUACUGGGGGCACUGAGUCCUUCCUACUCUUAGCAAUGGCCUAUGACCGCUGUGUUGCCAUUUGCCACCCUCUGAUUUAUGGCCAGGUGAUGAGCAGCCAGCUGUGUUGGAGUCUGGUUCUGGCCUCCUGGGGCCUCAGCUUUCUCAAUUCUCUCCUCAAUAUCUUUGGAGCUGUGAAUUUAGACUUCUGUGAGGCCCAAACUAUUCCCCACUUCAGUUGCGAGCUGCCCUCUCUCUUCUCACUUGCCUGCUCUGAUGUCUCCACCACCCUCAUUGUCAUGUUCUGGUCUUUUAUCAUACACGCCUUCGGGACCUGCUUCCUGAUCUUAUACUCCUAUGCCCGCAUAGCCUCCACCAUCCUGAGCAUCAGCUCCACCACAGGCAGAAGCAAGGCCUUCUCCACCUGCUCGUCCCACCUCACUGUUGUGGUCUUGUAUUUUGGCUCAGGAGGCCUACGCUAUCUAAUGCCAACCUCAGGUUCCCUCCUGGAUUUGAUCUUCUCUUUGCAGUACAGCGUGAUCACUCCCAUGCUGAAUCCCCUCAUCUACAGCCUGCAGAACAAGGAGGUGAAAAAAGCUCUAAAAGGAGUUUUUGGGAAAUAUUUUCAGUUUGUAGGGAAUGGAUGCAAAUAG